UGAAUUUUCUGUGCAAUACAGAUUACCAGUUCUAACACUGGUAUCAGAGCACCGAUCUAGGUGCCCUGAUUUCGCUUCUGCUGAAGAUUCCGCAACUCGUUGAAGGUUCAAGCAUGGUGACCACUCGCGCAAUUGCUCAGGGGAGCGAUGAUGGAAAUCCUGAGAAGGAGGAGCUUCGAACUCGCAUGGAGUUGAAUGAAGCCAGAACCAAGCGCAUGGAGGAUGCGAUUGAGGAAAAUGCGACCAGAGCUAAGAGAAUUAAAGAUUCUCUCUUUACAGUGCUAACGAAAUUGGGGAUUUCUCCUGUGGAUGAAACCCUAACUCGCAAAUUGGGAAGUGAAACAGGAAUCGAUCCCAAUCCAGAACGUGACAAGGGAAGCAACAGAUGGAGGAAAUUGGAGAUUCCAAUUUUCGGAGGUGAUGAUGCUUAUGGUUGGACUCACAAAUUGGAGAGGUAUUUUGCUUUGAGAGGAGUGUCUGAGGAAGAUAGAAUGCAAGCCACAUUGCUAGCAUUGGAAGGAAAAGCUCUUAGCUGGUUUCAAUGGUGGGAGAGGUGCAAUCCCAAUCCAACAUGGGAAGGGUUCAAAUUAGCAGUGAUUAGGCGUUUCCAACCUGCUAUGGUACAGAAUCCAUUUGAGCUAUUGCUAUCUCUGAAGCAAACUGGAACUGUGGAGGAAUUUGUGGAAGAGUUUGAGAAGUACGUGGGAGCUUUGAAGGAGAUUGAUCAAGACUUUGCAAAGGGAAUUUUUCUGAAUGGUCUGAAAGAAGAGGUCAAAAUGGAGGUAAAGCUUUAUGAAUUACCUACCCUUAACUGCUGUUAUUCAGAAAUCUCUUAUGAUUGA